ACGACGCUCUUUGUGUAAACACGGAAGUCGCUGCGCUGUACCGGAAUCGCGUUGGCUGUCAGUCUUGUGCUCCUGAAUUACUGUAUCACCGAAUCAAGCCAUGAUGCGCUUAAUAACGCUGUGUUUCGUUGUCCUCUUCCUGUCUCAGGUUUGCACCAGUCCAUUGCCAGAUGUAAAUAAUGGCGCUUCAGAAGACGGUCAUGAAACAACGGUUGAGAAAAAAAGUGAUAAUCCGCUAAAAACAUCAAAGGGUAUCCCUGAUAGUAAUGGUUCUGAUGAUGAUAAUAAUAAAGCAAAUAAAACAUCUUCAAAUGAACAACUGGAUGAAACAGAUGUUACAGACGCAAAGAAAGAAGAGAAGACCUCAUCUGAGAACGAAACACAGGUUAAUCAGGUAACUGCCCCUAAAACUUCUAAAGAUGGUUCAGCUGAAGAGAAGCAAACCCCACCUAACCCUAAUAAACCAGUGGGAGAAAACAAACCCACAAAAACGGCUAAAGCUGAAGGUGAUUUGUCAAAAAAAGGUGGAAGUGAUAAAGACGGUCAAGAAAACAAACCCACAGAAACGGCUAAAGCUGAAGGUGAUUUGUCAAAAAAAGGUGGAAGUGAUAAAGACAGUCAACAAAACAAACCUGUACCUGAUGGCACAGAUGUAUCAAAGGAAGACUUAAAAGACCGAGAUGGCAAAGCUGCUGUAGAACAAGCAGUCUCUAAAGCUGCUAAAGAGGAAGAAAACGAAAAAGAUGAUCCUAAAAAAGAUGAAGGGAAGCAGAACACACCUGCCCCUGAUAAAGAAGGAGAUGAACCAAAUGGAGGAGAAAAGAAGCAGACCACAGCUGACCGAAUUGCAGAUGUUAAUGCCGAAACUGUUGAAGAUGUUGACGAGGGUGAUGAGAAUCAGUCUGAACCCGAGAACCCUACAAACAGUGAAGAACAACAAAAGGAAGAAAUAGAUGUUGAUAAUGACGGUUUAGAUGGCACUGAUGAUACAGACCAGGGUGCAUCUGACCACAAGAUCGAAAACGUGGAAGGUAACAAAUCAAAUGGCGGUCAGCAGGUCGAGCAGAGCGCAGAGAGCAGCCACUUCUUCGCCUAUCUGGUGUGUGCCGUCAUUCUGGUGGCGGUGCUGUAUAUUGCCAGUCACAACAAGCGGAAGAUUAUUGCUUUUGUCGUCGAGGGCCGGAGAUCAAGAGGCUCACGGAGACCCAAAACAUCAGAUUACCAAAAACUCGACCAGCAUUGAGAAGACCCAGUCAGAUGAGUCAGCAGUGGAUGAACCGAAAUAUCUAAACUGUGAUCUUGAAACUUGAAUUAUUCAUAAUGCGGCGUAUAUUAAUACUCAUAAAUAUUGUUCAGCAAUCGUCACUAACUCAUCUAAAAUGACAUUAAUGGCGUGUCCUCAUCCGUUCAUAGCAUGUCAGGUAUGUUGGAAACAAAGUCUGUCAUAGGUUACUGGGGUCAUGAUCUUUUGUCUUUUAGCAUUAAUUAACUACAUAAAUAAUGUUCCCUAAAUCGGUACAUACUGUAGAUGUUGGUUCAAUCUGUGGCCUCUCUUUCUAUUUAAUUACCGAGCCUUGUUGGUAGAGUUUCCUUGUUUGUUUGUUUUUUUUUCUUUUCUCAAUUUAUUGCUGGGCGAAUUGUGUAAUACAGAAGGAAACAAUAUAUAUUUUUGAAAGUAUAUGUUAGCUGUUGAUGUUUUAUGGGAAACUGGGAGUGAUUGAUUUUUGAAUUGCUCUGAGAUGUGCUGUAUGAGUUCUUGAAGCUGAUCACAUUUAUAGGGAAUGUGAAUUGCACUUUCUAUCAGUAUAGAUUAGUAAAGGAGUGUGCUUUUGACAUGCUCCUACUUUACAUAUAUUGUACACACUAAGAAUGCUAAAUCAUCUUCGCAGGGCUCAACAAUAAGGAUAUUUUCUGCUGGCCAUUCAGUUCAGAUUCAUACUUGCCCUUUUCACUGGUCCCGCAACAAAAAAUAUAUAUUUAUAAAUAUAAAUAUCAUUUAUAUUUUCCGUUAAACCGUUACGUUUUACAUUUACGUUAGAUUUUAAAACAUAAAAAGCCAUAAAUUAUACCUUUUAUAAUGUAACACCAUAGUCCAAAAACUCCUCAAAACGGCCCUUUCUUGGAGAAAGAAAAACUGAUUCUGAUUCUGACAAGAUGCACUUUCAUUCAUCAAAAAGCUUUGAUGUUCAAACAAGCCAUCCUGUUCCAGAGUAAAUCCACUGUUUAGCUGAUGAAGAAGCCACCGUCUUAUUGUUUUAUUGUUCUUUUCAGCAGUUUAUGAUUAAUUUAAAGAUGUGUUUUUGGUGUGCAGUAGUAUUAUAAUUACCCAUGCUUGAUUCAUGAAGUGAGAUUCCUGUGCCAAAUCCAGACAUUGCCCAGAAACGAGCAACAAAAGGAAAGAUACUCAUACACCUCUUGAUCCUAAAGAUGGGAAAUGGAUAUUUUAUUGGGUGCCGUGUUAUAAGUUAUGUCACUCUGGUUGUGUCUAUUGUGUGUAUUCUCUGUUGAGCCUGUGAUUUGAUGUUUAACCAGUGGCUUUGCACAACCAUUUUUCUUGAAAUAAAGAACCUAUUUUGAAUUAUUACAUGGGUAACAAAAUACGACGGGGUUUAACUUACCUAUUUACUGUGGUCUAUCUUUUACCACUAUUGCAAUCUUUUCACGAGUGAUACUCUUUCUACGCUGAAAAGAAAAUUGAUCAAAUAAAGGUUUGAUUUUUUUUUUCCUCUGA